ACCACUGAAGCUGCCACAACUAAUAUGGAUCUUACUACCACUGAGGCCUCAACAGCCCCAACAACAAAUGAAGCUGCCACAACUACUCUAGCUCCUACUACCACUGAGGGCACAACUACCACUGAAUCUGCCACAACCACUGUACCUCCUAGUACCACUCAGGCCCCAACAACAAUUGAAGCUGCCACAACUACUAUAGCUCUUACCACCACUGAGGCCAAAACAACCACUGAAUCUGCCACAAACACUGAAGCUGCCACAACCACCGUAGCUCCUACUAACACUGAGGUCCCAACAACCACUGAAGCUGCCACAACUACUAUGGCUCUUACUACCACUCGGGCUUCAACAACCACUGAAGCUGCCACAACAACUGGCACAACUACCAAUGAAGGUGCCACAACUACUAUAGCUCCUACCACCACUGAGGCCAAAACAACCACUGGAACUGCCACAACCACUGUAGCUCCUACUACCACUGAAACCCCAACAACCACUGCCACAACCACCGUAGCUCCUACUAACACUGAGGCCCCAACAACCACUGAAGCUGCCACAACCACUAUAGCUCUUUCUACUACUGAGGCCCAAAUAAUCACUGAAGCUGCCACAACCACUAUAGCUCUUUCUACCACUGAGGCCCCAACAACCACUGAAGCUGCCACACCUACUGUAGCUCCUUCUACCACUGAAGCCCACACAACCACUGAACUUGCCACAACUACUAUAGCCCCAACAACAAAUGAAGCUGCCACAACUACUCUAGUUCUUACCACCACUGAGGCCAAAACAACCACUGAAUCUGCCACAACCACUGAAGCUACCACAACCACUGUAGCUCCUACUAACACUGAGGUCCCAACAACGACUGAAGCUACCACAAUCAUUGCCCCAACAACAAAUGAAGCUGCCACAACUACUCUAGCUCCUACUACCACUGAGGGCACAACUACCACUGAAACUGCCACAACCACUCUCUUACUACCACUGAGGUCACAACAACCACUUGAAGUUGCCUACAACUACUAUAGCUCCUACUACCUACUGAGCUGCCUACAACUACUGUACCUCCUACUACCACUCAGGCCCCAACAACCAAUUGAAGCUGCCACAACUACUCUAGCUCCUACUACCACUGCAGGGCCCAACUACCACUGA